AUGGCAGACCCUACAAAUACGCCGUCUGAUGGUGAUCCUCCGCAGCAUAGAAAGACGGGUGUUGCAGCUGCUGCUAAAAACAUUGCUAUGCCUAAUGUGGAUGAUGAUGAUGACUUUGAGCCACCCAAAAAGAAGUGCAAUAUCUCAAUGGAUGCCCCAAAUAAGACGCAGUUGUAUUAUUUGGAUCAUUUGCAUCAUGCUGCUGCUCCAAACAACAAAAAUGGCACUCCACGCAUAAAGUAUUUUAAUAAGAAUAUUAUAAGGGCGUUGUCAAUGGCCGAUAAGCGGAAGCCUCGCCAGGGUGGUGAACCAUUUGGUGUUUGCCCUUUUCGUAGCAGCAGUGAGACAUGUUACGUCUCAAAAUCGCCAACUACUUGCCAGAUUGAGUUUCCUAUGAGGCCAGAAACUUUUGAUGAAGACCCAAAUCAACAUGAUCGACUUCCCAAUAUAAUCAUCCAACUCCCUCUUAUGCAAGACUUGAUGGCAAAUAAGAUUCAGAUGCUUCAUGUACAUCAACGCCAGAAGUUCCAAGCUACGUUGAUUGAUUAUGACUUAGAGGUUGGCAAAAUAUUUGCCUCUAUCAAGCAAUGUUUGAAUACUAUUGGUACAAAGCAGUCGAAUCUAGCUGCUACAUUUGGAGAAUUGAUUGAUGAGGUUCUUCGGGCCGAUGAAUCUGUUACACCAAAUACUACAGUGGUAGGUGGCACAGUUGACAAUGAUUCUGGACCAGUAUUUGACAAGACUCCUAUUGGGAGUGUUUCUGCACCAGGUCUCUUCUUAUCUGAAUUAGAAUGUGCUCGCGCUCUUCAGGCAUACUUGUGUUCUAGGUUCAUUGAAUUGGACAGAAAUAUAAUUGACUUUGGUGAACAUCGCACCAAUUGUUGUGACAUACAACAAUCUUUUGCUGAUGGCGCAUGUCUCGACAACGUGUUUAUGCAAUGUUUCAUUGAGUGUGUCCGCGAUGACUGGUCUAAACAUAUUCCUCCACUCAAUGCUCACCAGCUCAUUCUAGAUGUUAAUGUUGGGGCUAUAUUGAACUUUGAGGAGCAAGAGCAACAUAGUAAGUCUCCUCGUCCAUUUGACCCUUCAGUUUUGGAGAGUUACCUAUUGAAGACACUGCCUUCUUUCAAGCAGCUGGAUGACUACAAAUCAAUAAUGGUACCCAUGCUACGAUCUGGACAUUGGACAUUGUAUGUUGUUAAUCUUCAGAUUGGACGCAUACAUGUGUUAGAUUCCAACCCUUAUGGACCAGAGAUGGGUGGGACUAUCUGGAAAAAUUACCAUUGUAUACCUAUGGAUUUGGGUGAUAGGAAGGUUUCAUGGGCCAGGUUAAUGAUGAGUAGGCUCAAUCUAGCUAUUCAAAAUGCUCGACCAAGAUCAGCUCUCCCUGCUUUUUUGAAGUACCCUAUUGAACUCAUGAAUAACUGCCCAACAAUCAAAUUGGGGUCUAAUGAUUGUGGAUUCUUUGUCAUGAGAUAUAUGCAGAACUACGACUACAUGGUUGGAGCUAUGAAUGCAGUCAUUGAUCCGGAUAAUUCAGAGGACAUUCGCUCUCUUGUACUGCAUUACCUAAUAUUCCAUCGACUAAAUAGAAACAGCUCCGUGGUUUCCCAUCUGGAUAGAUUCAAGUUCUCUCAGUAGUAGCCUAGUAUAGUUUACUAUCUUAAUAUUAGUAUGAACAUCAUGGUCUGAUGGCUUUUGGUGGCUUCAAGUUAUCUCAGUUCUAGCUUAGUUUAGGGUAGUGUCACUGAAUGGUGUUCAUGUAAAUAUUGGUUUGUUGGCUUAUGU